GAAAUGCAUGACAUGUAACAGUAUAUAAAGAUGGGGAAUUCACAAACCCUCAUCUGUCACUGAAUGGACCAGUUCUAUGCUGAGGACGGACUACGAUACUGACUGUUAAUCUCAAGAUGCACAUCUCAGUGCUUUUCAAGGUCACACUGUUGUUGGCGUUGGGAGUACUGUUCAUCGGAGCAGAUCAUUCUCCUGCAGGACGGAAAGAAGGAAAGAAAGAACGGAAAAGGGGUCCAGCUAAGAAGGGCUCCCUAAGAAAGGCCAGGAAACUACAGCUGACUCUCGAUUCUGCAGUAGAAAGCCAACUAGAUAACUAUCAAAUAUCUCCAAGUCGGUCAAUAUCACCGUGGACAUAUGAGGUCUUUUACGACGAAUCUCGCAUUCCGAGCCGCAUCUUCGAGGCGAAGUGUGAGAGAACAGGCUGCUUGAACAAAGAUGGGAUUGAAGACGCUGGUCUGGAAUCCAAACCCAUCUUCUACCAAUUCCUGGUGCUCAGAAGAGUAAAGGGCAAAAAGAAGGACUAUUCCUUCAGGCUGGAGAAACACACCACCAGCGUGGGUUGCACGUGCGUUUUACCGAACGUCGUGUCUCACAUGUAGUGCUGCUGUUCCUGUGUAUAUGACUGAAAAAAAAAAAGUUCAUACAUUUCCACGGCUCUUUAUACGAGCCAUUAACAGUCACGGGUUGCUGUAUUACUGCUUUCUUUUUAGCUCAGGAAACCAUAUAACAUAAAAGGGCUUGAAAUGAAGAGCA